UUGCGAUACUCCAGAGUACUUGAAACUUCUGAUGUGUGAUCUUCCAGAGAUACUCCGAAGUUCACUUUAAACUUUGAUGUGUGAUCUUUCAGAAAUAAAAUCUCGCCCACCGAAGACUUCCUAUUCCACCAAGUCGCAAAGAAAGGAUCUUCACAACAGCUUCCUUACAUGAGAUGGUUUUUGAUAGCGGCUUCAGUGUGUUUCUAUGUCACUUCCGGCGUAACUUUGGCGGACUUCUAUCACCUAAGGAUCGCAGCACGCCGCAACUCCCGGGAUCCGCAUUCCGUUCAGAGCAGCUAUCCGGGGUUCAAACGAUACCCCUCGUAUACCAUUGAUGACGAUGGGCACUUCUUCAUCAUGCCACCGAAAGUUCAACAAAAUAAUCCUGCUCAGGAAUUAGCGCAUAAGAGUUUGAGAGAUUUGGUUCCGAAAACCUUAUACUUCAGUCACCCGAAACAAAUCGCUCCACCAAAUCCAGAUUUGCCACCUCCUAUACGCUACGAGGCGUUCUUCAUCAAUAGACGAGUUUAUGGC